AGUCCAACCAUCUGAUUCUUCGACAUGACCUUUUGUUCUUCUUCUCUUUUCUCUCUCUCUUAAACCCAAUUUGAGAUUGUUCGAUUUCGAUCUACGAGAUUCUUACAAGAACAUAAGCAGCUUCGGUUUUUUGGGAUUAUCUUAUUUGGUCGGAUGAUGAUCUUCUCGAUGUCUGUGCUAGGCUUUGGGAAUUAGAUAUAUUUGGGGUUAAGCUCGAGUCUCUCCGGUUUUGAGUUUACUUGAGUUUGUUAGUAUUUAUGGCUGAGGUGGGAAAAGUUCUGGCUAGUGAUAUGGAGUUAGACCAUUCAAAUGAGACUAAAGCAGUGGAUGAUGUUGUUGCCACUACUGAUAAAGCGGAGGUCAUACCAGUGGCUGUAACUAGAACUGAAACCGUUGUUGAAAGUUUGGAAUCUACUGACUGUAAGGAGCUUGAAAAACUUGUUCCACAUACGGUAGCUUCGCAGUCGGAAGUAGAUGUUGCUUCCCCGGUAUCCGAGAAAGCACCGAAGGUUUCUGAAAGUAGCGGUGCAUUAUCUUUGCAGUCUGGUUCGGAAGGGAAUAGUCCUUUUAUUCGUGAGAAGGUUAUGGAAGACGGAUACAACUGGCGGAAAUAUGGACAGAAACUUGUGAAAGGAAAUGAGUUUGUAAGGAGCUAUUACAGGUGCACUCACCCUAACUGCAAAGCGAAAAAACAGUUGGAACGGUCUGCGGGUGGACAAGUCGUGGAUACCGUUUACUUUGGGGAACAUGAUCACCCAAAGCCUCUUGCUGGUGCUGUUCCUAUCAAUCAGGAUAAGCGAAGUGAUGUCUUCACAGCUGUUAGUAAAGGUGAACAAAGAAUAGAUAUAGUUUCUCUAAUUUAUAAGCUGUGCAUUGUUUCUUAUGAUAUCAUGUUUGUAGAGAAAACAUCUGGAUCCAGUGUUCAGACACUUCGUCAAACCGAACCACCAAAGAUCCAUGGAGGAUUACAUGUUUCAGUUAUUCCACCAGCUGAUGAUGUGAAAACUGAUAUUUCACAAUCAAGUAGGAUAACGGGGGACAACACUCACAAGGAUUAUAAUAGUCCUACCGCAAAGCGAAGGAAGAAAGGAGGGAACAUUGAGCUGAGUCCAGUGGAGAGGUCAACCAAUGAUUCACGCAUUGUGGUUCACACUCAGACUCUGUUUGAUAUUGUGAAUGAUGGGUACCGAUGGCGUAAAUAUGGUCAGAAAUCAGUAAAAGGCAGCCCAUAUCCAAGGAGCUACUAUAGAUGUUCAAGCCCUGGAUGCCCCGUCAAGAAACACGUAGAGAGGUCAUCUCAUGACACAAAGUUGCUUAUAACAACUUACGAGGGAAAACACGACCACGAUAUGCCUCCAGGAAGAGUUGUUACUCAUAAUAACAUGCUGGACUCGGAAGUUGAUGAUAAAGAAGGAGAUGCCAACAAGACUCCACAGAGCUCAACUCUUCAAUCCAUUACAAAAGACCAGCAUGUCGAAGAUCACUUAAGAAAGAAAACGAAGACUAAUGGCUUUGAGAAAAGUCUUGAUCAAGGUCCAGUUUUGGAUGAGAAGCUGAAGGAGGAAAUAAAAGAGAGAUCAGAUGCAAACAAAGAUCACGCAGCCAAUCACGCCAAGCCGGAAGCAAAGUCAGAUGAUAAAACCACUGUUUGUCAAGAGAAGGCAGUAGGAACCCUGGAGAGCGAGGAACAAAAACCCAAGACAGAGCCUGCCCAAAGCUAAGCAUUCAGUGUUGUACCGAGUGGUAAUUUAUAUGGCUGUUUUAACAUAGAUUAGUACAGGCGAUAUGGUUAUAGACUGUACAGUUGUUGUUCAGGCGGGACCAGAUUUAGAUUAGUGUUUAAUGGAAUAGUAUGCUUUAAUACCUUUAUGUAACCACUUCCAUUUGGUUCAAAUAAGAGUUACAGGAAGAGAAGGUAACACAACAAGAGCCCUUCUUUGUUGAUGGAGCCUGUGUAAUAGUUGUAGCAUGGGGAUGUAUAUGAUUUGAUUCAACCUUAUUAAUGGUUAUGAGACAAAACUAUCUAUU